GAAACCGUAGAUGGGGCUACCUCAUUUGCGGUUCCGUCACCUUGUUUUUGGUUUCUUAAUUGGUGUCAAAACAUCCCUUCAGUUUCGUCUCCUAAUCUGCGGUUCCGUCACCUCGUUUUCGGUUUUGUGAUUUAAACUAAAAGAAUGAACAAAAAAACAUGAACGAAACCGAAGACAAGCGAAGAGGUGACCGCAAAUGAGGUAGAGUCAUUUGUGAUUUAAACUUAAAAAAAUGACUUCUUUUAAUUAUUUUUUUUAUUAUAGUGGAAGAUGAAACAAACCGAAGGCGUAUUUUGCAACCUAUGACGAAACUGAAAAUGAAAAGGAGAAAAUGAGAAGACGAAAUCGAAAAUAAAAUAGCCUGGUCAAUAGUUUUAACUAUUAAAUAAAAAUUCUUUAAAAAAAUUUGACUAAGUUUUCUAAUUAUCUCAACUAAAACCACUUCAAAAGCGAAGGGCUUAUAAUAUAAACACUCAUGAUUGGUUUACGCUGCUGACUCCAAAACUUCGCCUCCAUCGCAGCCGUACUGGUUUACUUUUCGGUGUAAAGGCCAUCGACAUCGACAGACGACACAACAGAGACUGGCUUCCCCUUCCUCGUUGCUCUCGUUUUUCUACUUCUUUUACCCACAACACAUCUAGUCUUCUGAUCUUGUCUUCGCUAAAUGAUUCUAUCUCCCAAUCCCCCAUUCUCUUGCGGGAUUAUGGAGCUAAUAAGAAUGCUUAAUGAUCUUUUCAUAUCUACAAGAAAAGAUACAGUGGAUGUAGAACGCGAUAGAUUAAGCAACUUGCCAGAUAAACUAAUCCAUAAAGUCCUUUCUUUGCUUAACAUCAAAGAUGCUAUUAGCACUAGUGUAUUGUCAUCUAGAUGGAGGUUUAUCUGGACUUCAAUGCCCUAUUUGAAUUUCGAGAAUCUCAAUAAUGAGCGCCACUUUUCCAAUUUUAUUUCUAAUGUUCUCUCACACGGUGAUAAUCAAAUAAAUUAUUCAGUCAAUCUCGUUCUUGGGAGAGCAGUUAGGGACGAUGAAUCUGUCACAAGAAUUCUCAGCUGCAAAUUCUCUCACAAUCUCCAACAACUGAGUGUUACACGUUUGCCUGGAGGGAAUAUCGUUGAAUGCCCAUAUUCCUUUAUUGCGACACCAAAGUGGGACCUCCCAGCUUUAACGACUUUGCAUCUUCACCAAGUCGAACUGUCUGAUUAUGAUGACAUUGGUCUUUUCUCUAAGUGCACCAACUUGAAGAACCUCUCCUUGAACAGGUGCAGAAUGAAAGAAACCAAAGUUUUAAAUAUCUUUCAUCCUCGACUUUAUGAUCUUACACUUGUAUCUAUACCCCCUGAUAUGGCAUCAGAGGAGGUUGUGAAUGUUGUUGCACCUCAACUCAAGAAUCUCACAAUUAUAAGGUGCGAAGGGAAGCAUCUGAUUUCAGCACCUGGGCUUACCUCCUUGGUCAUAGAAGGUUUUCAACCUUGGCAGGUUUCUACACCAUCAGGCUUCCAUUCUUUGGAGAAGGUUGACCUCUUUAUGUACGAUCCACACAAAGCAGAUGCUCAUACAAUAGUUUAUUUGCUUCAACAGCUCAAUAGUGUCAAGUUUCUUACACUUAACUUGGGGAUUCUCAAGAGUCUAUCUUCAUCCAUGAAACUAGUCCCACAUAAAGCUUGUGCGUUUGCUAACACAAAGAUUCUGAAGUUUACAAUAAAACCGGUAGUAAAGGUAUACUUGGAGGUGCAGGCACAAGAGAAAGUAACUACACGUACUGAAAUAAACAACGAUGAUGAUUGUGCCAUCUUCCCAAUGGUCUCAUUUGAGGAGAUUACAAUUAUGGAGAAUAUGGCAUCAGCACAAGUAUUUGUAAAACACUUGGGGAUAUUGCUAGAGGAGUGUAAACAGAAUAGAAAUAGCGAGGAUUACAGAGCUCCGAAGGAUGUACAUAGCAAACCAUAUGUUGAGAUGCAUUGGGCGUGGACAUUACAAUGGAAGCUUGGGGCAAUUAUGGGAGUGUUUAAGCAUAAGAAAAUUAAAGCAAAAUUAGAUAAUUAUCUCAUGAUGGCACAAAUUACGAAAAAGUAUACUAAAAGGCGUGAUUGCAUGAAAUCCAUGAAUCACCCCAUUCUUGGAUGGUUGGACGAAAUGCGUGGAUUGUUUCAGCACACCGGAGACUUGAUAACUCAGUUGUCUGCAUCAAAGAAGGCGGUGAUGCUACCAUUUUUUUUGAGUUUGUGCGAAGAUGCCACAAUUCUCGCGAUUAAUAUUUUGGGAUGGAUUAACACCUUAAAGUAA